UCUCUGAAUCAUGUGAAUGUGGCUUAAGUUUAUUGAAACGAUCGUCUCAAAAUGGUGACUGGAAUGUAUUAUGAUCUGAUCAACUAAAUAAUUACUUAUUUAAACGAGCUCUUCUUUAAUUAUUCUUUAAAAAAAAAAUCUUUUAUAUUUAUUUAUAAUUUAUCGUAAACGUUCACAUAAUUAUUUGACCAUUAAUAAGUGUUUACGUAGUGUAUAACAUUAAGCUAAAGAAAAAUACACAGAAAUCCUUGUAAUAAGAUAAAAAGUAUUCAAGUUUGAUCAUUGGAGCUUUUGAUUCAAUUCGAGAAACAUUCUCAACAAAUUCAUACAAUAAGAAGAUGAUGCUGUACUUUGGUGAGGAAUUUUAAAACGAGACAACACUGAGGUAUUCUAAAUGUCAGCUACAUAAGGAGGACAACAACAUCUGAAAGGGUUUCGAUUGGUAACGAAAGGUUUUUAUAAGUAAAAAACUAAAGCGCUAUCAUCAUUUUUGAAACUUUUACACCGGUGAGUUCCAACACAAAAUAUUGCUUCUUCGAAAAGCGGACUCAAAGCCAACUAACCAUGUCUGUACAAAGUGUUGCUCUGGCAUCUCUCACGGCCACCUAUACCGACUCGGAGGGCGAGGACGGGGUGGAUGACGACCUUCAGGAGAAUUCAAACACUCCCCAGGGGGCCGCCCCGCAAAAUGCCCAAGUCGGUCAGCCCCGGGCUCUCACCAGUCCCCAAUCUGGCAGAUCAGCCUCAAAUAGUCCCAACGUUGCCUCCAGUGUUGGAGGAACUUCUAAUAGUAACUUAUCGAAUCCGCUAACUUUAGUUACUGAUGUGUCAAGGGUGCAGCGAUUGGUUUCUUAUAUUGAUGAUCCAGUUCUCUCCGAUGACGAGGGGUUAGCGGCGGCACCAGUUGAGAGCCAACCUGCAGAAAAUGGUGGGCUCUCAGCAACUGAGCAGUCGCCCUCACGUCAAGGAGAGUUAGUUUCAGAUGGAGAGGCAGAUCAAUAUGGAGUUACUAUUCCACCUGAACCGCCUGGUCAAUAUCCAUCUGAAUUGCAGGAAAAAAUUACUCAACUUUUCAGGAAAAUGGAGUCUGGUGGUUUGGAUAUGAAUAAAGUCAUUCAACAAAGAAAAGAUUUUAGAAAUCCGUCUAUUUAUGAAAAGCUUAUUCAAUUUUGUAGCAUCAACGAAUUAGGUACCAACUACCCUCCUGACAGAUUCGAUCCAUUCAAGUGGGGGAAAGAUUCUUACUACGAGGAGCUUGCUUCGGUUCAGAAAGCUGAAAUGGACAAACUCGAGAAAGCAAGAAAGGAAAAAACGAAAAUAGAAAUUGUUUCUGGUACAGCGAAACGGCCGAACAGUUCUACAACUACAGUCGAAGAAGACGCAAAAAAAAGAAAAAGUAAGUGGGACCAAGUAGCUACUGGUACUACACUUACUGCCCAACCCGCUUUUUUAUUAUCUCAACCAACUUUAACUACAUUGACCUCUUCAGCUACUGGCACAAAAGCAACAGUGAUAUCAGCUUUUGGUUCGUUACCAAAGAAAAGACUGUAACAUAAACAUAUUUUGUAAAAAUUUUUGUGUAUAUAUAGAUAUUUUCAUUUGCCAUUGCCAUUUUUUUUAUCUGUAUCGCAUACCAAAAAAUACAAAGCCACGUAUGCAUCACAUAAUGGCAAAAAUUCACAAUUCAUUAUCAAUUUGAUAUACGCAUUUGUCAUGUAAAAUUUAUUUUGUAAACUAACUAUUGGUCUUCAUCAUUUAUCAUGAAUAUUUUCGUUCUCUUGUUAUUUUUCCAUCAAAUUUUGGCAAAAAAUGGUUAACAUUCCAUUUGAACUUAGAAGUGUAUAACUAAAAUAUCUGAGAAGUUUGCUAUGUUUCAUAUUCAUUUUUUAAAUAAAAUUUUAUCAAUGUUAUAUGUUAUUGAUGAUUUUGCCAAACAUUAUUAAAUUUAGGUUUUAUUUCAUUAGAUUAUUAUUUAGAAAGUUAACUGAGAAGUGAAUCGACUAUUCUUAAUGAUUUAUGUUAAGAAUAAAAUUUGAAUGACAUAUUGUAUCGAUUAUUUUCGUGAAAAUUUUAAUAGUUUCUUGUGUAAUGAUUAAUAUUAACAAACUUCUCAGGAAUUACGUUUCAGAUAAAAUAGAUAAACCGUUACUAAAAAAUAAAUAAUAUGAUUAAUUAAAUAUAACUACAAUUUGUGGUGUGAAAGAAAUAUAUUUUUGCAAAGAAAAAAGGUAUAAAUAGCAUCAAAUUCUUCGAGUGUGCUAUGAUACUGCCACAGUUAUUAAUUCUUUGUUGAUAUUAAUGUAAUUAUUAAAUAAUGUAGUAAAUAAACAAUCAAUGAUAAAUCA